AGACAGAUGAGGUAUAUGGUGACUCUUUUCAAUAUUGUGCCGUUUACAUUCGAAGCACUUCCAGCCCAGACACAAGCACUAAAAUCUGAGUUUAUGAAUUCAAAUGCCGAGAGUAAAACUGUGAUUGCCUUCAUUUCGAAAAUGAUUCCCGUCGACAAAUCCAUUUUACCUGAAAACAAACCGAAACCCCUUACCCGAAAACAAAUCGAAAGAAGACGAGAUUUGGCGAGGCAGAGACUACAGCAGCGAAAUGAAGAAUUGGAAGCAAAAUUAGCCGGAGUUUCUUUGGACGAGACAAAUUCGAAUGACAGUAAACAGGAAGAGAAACCCGGAGAAAAAAAAGAGAAGUCAGAAGAAGUGGCCAAAGUGGAGGGAAAUAACAUUUUCAUUGCAUUUGCUCGUGUCUACAGUGGAACAUUGAAGAAAGGCUCAAAAAUUUAUGCAAUGACACCAAAACACGAUCCCAGUUCGAUUAUCGAUUUGGCUAAUUCAACGGAGUCGCCCUACGUUAAAGAAGUCACAGUUGAAAAUUUGUAUUUAUUAAUGGGCAAAGAGUUGGAAGAGCUUGAAGAAGCACCUGCUGGAAAUAUCGUUGGAAUCAAAGGUUUGCAAGAUCAUGUACUUAAAACGGCUACGCUAUCGAGCAAUCCAUUCUGUUCGUCGUUUUGUGACCUCACCAUAAUGGCGACGCCAAUUUAUCGUGUUGCUGUUGAACCGAAGAGUAUUGCCGACUUGCCGAAGUUGAAAAAGGGGUUGAAAUUACUGAACCAAGCCGAUGCCUGUGUUCAGGUGAUUGUUCAGGAGAAUGGCGAACAUGUGUUGGUCACAUUGGGCGAAAUUCAUUUGGAGCGAUGCAUCUACGAUUUGGAACGUGAAUAUGCAAAAUGUCCCGUGAAUGUGUCACUGCCAAUCGUUCCGUUGCGCGAGACAAUUGUGCCGCAGGCGAAAAUUGACAUGGUCAAUGAGGAAAUCGUUCUGACUGCCGAAGAAAAGAAAGCCGAUAAAAGUGUUACAGUUCAAACGGCAAAUCAACGUUUGAAAAUGCUGAGUACAAAAGUAUGUAUUUUCACCCAGCCCCAGCAUCCAGUUCCAGAUCUUUCUAAAUCGGUUGGAAAGAUGUUGUUAUUUUGCACAGAAGUAACAUUUUUUUUCAUCGCCUCAUUUUCAAAGAAAUUGCCAUUGGAACUAUUUCGGCUGCUACCGGAACCUAAUCAAUGGAUGAAAUUUGAGAAAUCAACGAUCGAUGGUCUGGAUACGCCGUUUGCCAUUGCCUGUCUGCCAACUGAAAGUGUCAGUGGUUCGGUGAUGCUUUUGAUAUUGAAAUUAGAUAAACCCGAUGAGCUCAUUAUGUAUACUGGUGCGUUUAAAGACUGUCGCACAGUUUUGCUAUCCGACAUGCUAUUGAAGUACAAAAGAAAAAUCCACGAUAUUUACAUUGAUAACACAAUGGCCGGUUCGUGGCACUUUGAUAUAGAUGAGGAUAAUCGAGCAUGUGAUGAUAUAAGGGAAAUCAUUGAAAAAUAUCCCGACUACAUCAUUCAUCUACAAACCGGAGUGUUUGAUUCAUUAGAUUUGCUGGUCAAUUUAGCUCGUCGACACCGCCUCAAUGUCAAACUUUCAGAGUUACAACAAACUUUCUUCUAUCGUACACAGUACAAAAAUUUAUUUGAACUUGAUGCCAAAUUAUUUAUUUCACACGGGAAAAAUAUCAACGCAAAUUUUCAAUUCAAAGAUCGUCCCAAGGUUUAUGUUAGAAGUGCCAAAACAUUCGAUUCGGACACAUACAAAAGAUUGUUCGAAGAGAAAAAAAUUAUCAACAUCCGAUUGACACCUAGUACCCAACGAACAUAUACCAAUUUUGAUGGGUUAUUUUUUGUUGAAUAUUCAUCGCAUGCGUCCGCGUACUUAUUGUCAGAAAUAUUUGAUAUAGUCAAACCGAAGCGUGUACACCCGAUGAUUGUGGAAGAUGAACUUAAUGGUAAUUUUUGUUCAACCAUUCCCGACAGCAUUCUUAAUGACGGUUGCAAAAUUGUCCAUCGCUCUGAAUCGGAAGAAGUUGCGACGAUUUCUAAUGCUCCAGUCAACGUAUUGCCGGUAGCAGAAACUUCAAAUAAUGUGAAUUGUAGUGCCGAUGAAUUGCAAUUCGAAAUGGCAUGGGAAGUUCCUGGUGAAGCUGAAUUACAAGUGCUAUCAUCAUUGAAAUCAUCGUUGUCCAUCGAAAGCAGUCAAAAUGAACUUGAUCGUGCGUUACAGUAUUUUCAGCAUCGCAUCAAAGAUUUUCCCGGCGAAUUCUUCCUUCAAUCAAAAUUUGUUUUCAUGGAUCUUCUGCAAUUGCUUGAAUGCAGAAUGAAGGGUUUCGAUCAAACGUCGACGCUUACGUGUUGCCUGAAGUUAACACAAAAUUUGGCACGACGCAUUACCAUGCGAAGCGAUUCGACCUUGUAUGUCGCUAAACGAAAGCAUACAACGAAACAGUACAAAAUUGGAUCGUAUUGCUUCAAAAUAUUCGAUGCGGUUUUGAAAUUGUUGCGGAAAAUGUACACUGAUCCCAAUUUGGCAGGCGUGAAUGAAUGUUUCCAAAAUUUGUUUGAGAUUGUUGAUUUGAUUGUUAAAACGGCCGGCUCAUAUUCACCCGAAGUAGCCGUUGAAUAUCAUUUCGAUGAGAUCAUAUCGAGAUUAGCGGUAUUUUUGGGCUUUAUACGAAAGAUGACAGCUAACUAUAGCAGAAUGGGCUCAAAUACCCAUCGCAAUGACUCGAUUUCGAUCAUAUUUCUGCUUUGUCAACUGUUGAUCUUCAAAGAAACUCGAAACAAUAUCGAAAAAGGAACAAUUCCAAUGCUACCAAUUCACAAUGAAUCAACGCUUGAUUUAGAUGUCAGCCAACGAAUUCGGCGAUUCUCUUUGAAAAAUGCGCGUAAACUUCUGUACGAUUUUGAUCACGACACAGUGUCGAAUGUAACACUUGACAAUCAUACAGCAUCUGAAUCAAAGAUAACUGGCAACUAUAUCACUGAAAUGGAUACUAUCGAUGUCAUGUGCAGAAGGGAACUCGAAAUAGCUCUGUUGGAUUUCCCAUUGAAACAUUUUUACCCUGAAGUAGAGGAGUUGAUUGUUUACGCUUUGAAGAUUGACAAUUUUCCGGACAAAAGUCCAAUCAAAAUCCUUAUGAACUUAACCGAACUGCUGCAGCCAAUUGUCACAUUGCUCAAGGAUCCAAAAAUGUGUACUUAUGAAAAGGUCCUUUCGCAUGGGAUCAAAUCAUUGGACGUCUUGACGGUUACCAAAAGCAACGACUUAACUCAUCUGCUUUUUAAAGCCAUCACUAAUUUGACACCGCAAUACAAUGCCAAUGACCAAAUGCGAGAAGAUGCCGAACGACUUUUAUUGCAUAUGCUGAGCUAUGGUUGUGUGGAGAUGAAACGGUUGGUAUACGAAUUGGCAUCAGAGAAAAUGUCGUAUUCCUUCGGAUGCAUCAUGGAGGGCAAGAGAAACGUUCCAAAGUCAUACACAUCAACGACUUUUCAGAGUUGUCUGUUCGGUGUUCCAAUGUCAGCUGAAAUUUUAGCGGAAAUCCUUUGCAACGGCUCAUCCAGCGACGAUACAAAGACUGCCGCAUACGCUGAAAAUAUAUUGACGUUGAUUCUUCGAACCAAGACUCUCAUACCAACCCGAUGGAAGGAUGUGUGUAAAUUUCUUACGCCAGUUUUGCCGUUAAUUUUGUGCCAUGCAAAAACAACGACACAAUUUGGCCAGCUGAUUCUGUCGCUAGGCGAGCUGGAUAAAGAAAAUGAUCUACCAACCGUUAUAUUGAUCAAGAGUAGUGUCGCGUUGUUAUUCUCACGAGAUACGCACACUCAAAGUGAGGCUCUUUACCGGUUAAUGUAUUUGAUACAAAAUGUGCCGAACGCCGAAAUCUAUAUGCCAAAUUUGAAUUGCAUCACCGAUACAAUUCCGGGUAGUUUAUGCAUCGUUGAGCCGCUUCCAUAUUCGGACAAUGAUGACUUUUGCGAUUUGUACGAGGUGCGUCUGAUUGAUGAUUUGUUAGAAGUGUUGCAAAAUCCAAAUACAGAACCAUCGAGUCGGCAUUCAACGCUAACACAGCUCAAUAUUGUGGUGGAAGAUCCAGUGGCUCUCAAUCAUUUCCACGAAGUUGGCGGGGAUUCGAUCAUUUUGAAGGUGCUGGAGAGAUCGUUGCGAGAGAAUUCCACUAGCCAUUAUGCGUACAAUGCCAUACAAAUCGUUGGCAUUCUGACCAAAAUGUGCCUUCGCAUUUCAACGUUUCGUCGUCGACUCGCAGAUGACAUUCAAGCAUAUGUUCUGAUCUUACGAUCGCUUCUGCUCUUCCAUACCAACGACAAAUUUCGACGCGAAUGCGUUGUUUUACUAUUUUCGAUGGCAUUCAGUGAGUACAUCGUUGGUGGUAACAAAAAACUCAUCAUACCACCGGUGUGCAAGAAACUUUACCUACCGAUCACAUGUGAGCUCAGCUGGAAAUCAACGCAGGAACAGAAUAGUCUGCUGGAAAUAAUUUUAGCGAAUGAAAAAUUAACCGAUACCAAUUCAAAUCAUUCGGAUACAAGCAGUAAACACUCGGCUGAUGGUCACAUUUUGAAAAAUCUGCAUCUACAGCAAUACAUUCGACUCACAUUCAAUGCAUUAUGGUUUGAAUCACUCGAUAAGCUCAUUGAUUGUCCGAAUUUUGUUGAAGGUAGCCGAAAUGUCGAGCUCAACUAUAAAAAGAAUCCAGAUUCGCUGUCAUUUGAUCGAGCAUUGUGUGCUACUUCGGCCGAUUUAGACAUCGUCAAAGGAACAUCACAAAAGUAUCGCCUCAGUCAAUGUGUAGAACAAAUAAAGGAUACCACCUCAUUUUCACAAUUCGCAGCAAGCUGUGCGGCCAUAGAGAAUUUUUCAAAUGUCGAUUCAACGGGCCAUCAGAAGCAAUGGGAUUCCCAACAGUUUUUGCAAAGCUUUGCACAGUUUUGUACAGUUGAACCGAAAAGUGAACGGGAUAAGACGUUUUUUUUGAAAUAUUGCCGGCUUUUGUGCAAUUUGAUUGAGCGCGAUUUCAUCGAUGUACACAUUUGGGUAUUGCAGAAAUUCAAUCAAAAGCAAUGCAUCUACUUUGAUUUGAUGAACAAUCCCAAGGUGUCAACGGGGAUCUUUUUAUGUAAUAUUCGUCUCAUGGAAACGAUUUUAUCCAAAACGAUCGAUUUGCAAUCGAAGAAAAUCAUCGAACAAUUAAUCUUUCACACAUUCAAUGAUGACCAAGCGACUACUGCGAAUAAGGCGAAACCAGCAAGUAACUUGUUCGAACACAUCUUUGAAAUGGCAACCAGACGAAUUGAUACAUUAUUGGAAGAGAAGAAAAUUGAUAAAUUGCAGUGCUUGAUGUCACUGCUUCGUUUGUUAGCAUCCAGUGGAAAGGUUUUGGUCAGUAAAGAUACCGCAUCGGAUGUGUCCAAUAAGCUAUUCCAAUUGAUGUCAUCAUUGUCAUCGUUUUCGUAUGUCGGAUCGAAAUUCAAUAAGGAUUGCCUCUUUACCAUCAUAAACAUGAUGAAUUGUACCCAUGAGUUUCCCAUCAAGAAAAGAUUCGUUGGCUUCCUGUACAGUUUGUGCGGCCAUGUGGAUUUCGAAAUUCGAACUAAUGCGUGGAAUAUCCUAUUGAAAAUGUCGUAUGGAUUUGACGAAGCCAAGACUUUGGUUCAAGAAAUAGAUACGUUGCCCGGUGAUUUGUAUGCACGUUGUUUAAAUACGCUACUGGACGAUACAGAAUCGGCCAUCGUUCGAGAGAAUCCAGCUUUAUUAUUUGCUAGUCUAAUUUCGUAUCGAAAUGCAAACAACGAAAUCCACGAGGAUUUAUAUCCGAAAAGUGCCAACGGAAUGGGAUGCAAAUGGAUCGGUCAACUGAUCUAUCACCAUGAUUUGAUUAAAAAAAUCCGAACAUCCGUAGAAUAUAUGCAUGUGGAUGAUGUAAUUGAACUCAAACGAAUGGCAAAUAUUGAUAAAAUUGUUACAUGUAACCAAAUGCGUACAUACUGCAAAAUUCUAUCAAAUCUUUUACCUCUCAAGGGAGCAGGAGAUGUUGAUUCAAUCUAUCAGACGACACAUGAAAUCAGCAAGGCAAUACCAAGAAUUCGUCAAUCGACAAAUCAAUCAUCGGUUCAACUGCUAACAGAGAUUUGUUCAUUGAUUUCGUUGUGUUUUGUAUACAAAAAGUCUUUUGUCGAAGUCAUUGCACGCGAGUUUCAAUCUAUUCAAUCGCUCAUCUCAUUCCUUAACGUCGAUCUUCUGGAAUCGAUUUCAAAAUCAAUAAAACACGCUUUUUGGCCAGAAGUACUGAAAGUUCUACGGCAAAUAGCAGGCUCUCCGAUUGGAUUUUCGAUCAUUUGUGAAUCACUCAGUGAAGAGCCAAAAUUCUUCGAUGGUAUCGCUACGCUCUGCAUUUAUGGUUUAUCGGACAGAGAUAUAAACGUUUCGAUUAUGCGUUUUAUUAGCGAUUUAAUGAUUGCAAGCCAGGCUUCAAACUAUAACCACGCAACAUUUGGGGAUCUACUUAAUGAGACGCCAGCAUCUGCGAGUGUUAAGGAGGCAACGUUGAAAUUCAUUUUCAACACCGAUAUCAUUUCACAAUCGGUCGUUGAUUGGGCAGAAAGUAUGGAUUCCGAUAAAAUUUAUAUGGCUGAAAUUCUCUUUGGGCAACUUUCCAAUCUUUUUGAACGAUUCGUGGACAAUCCACAAAUUGAAGAAAUACCGAUGGAGAAACGAGACACCUGCUUUAUGUGGAACUGUAAAUCAUUGGAAACUUUAUUGAAAUGCUCGGAAAGAGCUCGAAUGAUAGCCACACGAGAACGAUUUCUUCUAUUAAUUGUCGAACAAAUGGGAAAAAUCCGCAGGAAUGACAACCCAAAGGCCGAAAAACGCAUCAUCAAACUGAAGCUUCUUUUUAACGUGGUUAGGUUUUUGUACAGUUCUGAUUGUCUACAAGAUGACGAGUUAAUUCAGCCGAUAAUUGGAGUUUGUUAUGAAUUUUGGCCAAUGGUGGAGGCCGGUCUUCAAAGUGUCUUCAUGAAAAUGCUUCUGUUCAUCAGUAAUAAUUCGUUACCAGUAUGCAAGGCACUAAGUGUUGCACCACCAGUCUCUGUAGCUCCGCAUGCCUUCCUGCAAUCGAUCGUGGAAUAUUGUGUGACCGAAACGGGUAAACCGAAAACCGCUCAAGCAAACAUGGAAACACUUGAAUUGGCACUGAAGAUCGUAACAAAUUGUUGCUGUUGCGUUGAGGGCCGUGUACUUAUUGGCAGGACCCGUAUGCUUUCCACAUUGAGCCGUUUGCAUCCGCAAGUGGCGGAAAAUCAACGACCAUGGCCACAAUUGACACAAUAUUGGCUGAAGCUGUUCGAGGUUUUAACCCGUCACAACGAUUCAAACAAAGAAACUCACAUGAAUCUAUUGUGCAAUUUAGCUGAAUCAUCGAACAAACCAAAUCGAUGCCUAGCCCUGAAAAUCCUUCGGAAUAUGUCAUUCAACCCGGAAAAUCGUGCAGCUUUACUACAAUCAUCAGAUUUCCAGCACAUUAUGUACAAUGUGCUCGAUAAGAAAGUGGUUGGUGACGAGCAGCUAUUGAUCACUGUGUCAAUUUGGAAAUUGACGGCAAACAAUGCCGAAGCCAAAAAUAUCAUGAAAAAUAGUCCAAUAUUGAGUAAACUUCGAGCUCUUGAUGAGAUUGUUUGUCGACACCAAUCGGAGAAUCUUAUGCGGACAACACUAAACACAAACGAUGAAGCUAGUAGCUCCGGCGAAAAAACACUUGUCGACUUAGCAGUGGCUUUGAAGGAAGUUCUCAAAGCGUUGAACAUCUAAAAAAACCAAAUUGAAUGACUACAUACCCACAAUGCUUAAGUACAAUACUAUCGACUUUUGGUCGACUGUGAUUUCAAAUGACUGACUUCUUUCAUAUUUUUUUUUCAUUCAAAUUCUAUUUUCUUAAACCACAUUCCAAUCGACAAA